CAGCAGGGGGCGCUGGAUCUGUGUCAGGAGAAUGCUCAGCAGAGGGCUCGUGACGGGUGCGUUUGGGGGAGUCACAGAAGGGCAGGAUUUCCCCGCCGGAGGGGCGGGGUUAGCCUCUCCGCCUGGAGUCGUUCGCCAAACCGAGUCCAGCCACAGGUGUCCGGUCCUUCCAGCCCGCCGCGCGAGCCUCUCCUCUGGAUUGGAGUCCUUCCGGUUGUAAGUGCAGCGGACAGACAGCGGGGUUGUGGCUGGUCGCGUCGUCUCUCCUGUCGGUUCAGGCUCGGAGUCCAAGCAGCCGCAGGAGAACAAGGAGGCUGAGAAAUCCAAAGCGGCAGAGGAACAGACCUCACCACAGAACCAAGCCGAGAAGUUCCCCGCUGCCGCCGGACACAGCACACCGGCCAAGAGAGAACAGGAGCAGCAGGGAGAGGAUCAGGUGUCCCACAGGUCGUCGACCAGUCGUCUGUCCAAGUCUCCUUUGAGGGGGGUCCGUAAAGUGAAGAUAAUGCAGUGUAAAGUGGUCCUGCUGGAUGGCUCCGACUACACCGUGGAUGUGGAGAAACGAGCAAAGGCCGGUGUCCUCUUCAACAAAAUCUGUGAUCACCUGAACUUACUGGAGAAGGAUUACUUCGGCAUCACAUACAGAGAUGUAGAGAGCCAGAAGAACUGGCUGGAUCCUACCAAGGAGCUGAAGAAGCAGAUCCGCACUAAGGAAUCAAAUGGUCCCUGGAACUUUGCUUUCAACGUGAAGUUCUACCCCCCAGACCCCGCACAGCUCUCAGAGGACAUCACACGGUACUACUUGUGCUUGCAGCUGAGGGACGACGUGGUGUCUGGUCGCCUGCCCUGCUCCUUUGCCACCCACACAGUGCUGGGCUCCUACACGGUGCAGUCCGAGCUCGGGGACUACGACCCCGAAGAAAUGGGCAGCGACUACGUCAGCGAACUGCGGCUGGCUCCCAACCAAACCAAAGAGCUAGAAGACAAGGUCAUGGAGCUCCACAAGAGCUACAAGGGGAUGACACCAGCUGAAGCAGAGAUGCACUUCCUGGAAAAUGCCAAGAAGCUGUCCAUGUAUGGUGUGGACCUGCAUCACGCCAAGGACUCUGAGGGCGUGGAGAUCAUGCUGGGAGUUUGUGCCAGCGGCCUCCUCAUCUACAGAGACAAGCUGAGGAUCAACAGAUUUGCCUGGCCCAAAAUCCUCAAGAUCUCCUACAAGAGAAAUAACUUUUAUAUCAAAAUACGACCUGGAGAGUUCGAGCAGUUUGAAAGCACGAUUGGCUUCAAGCUCCCGAACCAUCGUGCUGCCAAGCGGCUAUGGAAGGUCUGCGUGGAGCACCACACCUUCUUCAGGCUCGUGUCUCCAGAGGCCCCUCAGAAGAAGUUCCUGAGUCUCGGCUCCAAGUUUCGUUACAGCGGCAGGACGCAGGCGCAGACCCGCAGGGCCAGCUCUCAGAUCAUACGGCCGGCGCCAUUCUUUGAACGCACCUCCAGCAAGCGCUACAACAUGUCCCGCAGCUUAGACGGAGCCACCAUUGCAGAGAACCACGACACUCUGAUGAAGGACAGCUCUGCCAAAGCCACCACCAUCAUCACCACGGUAACAGCGGAGAAGGAGGAGAAGACGGAGCAGGAGGAUGCUCAGAAGGAUGCCACUGAAGCGCACGAAGCAGGUGCUACGACACAAGAACCAAAGCGCCCCCCUCAUGCAUACACAGCCGACCCGCUCCGCUCUGAGCUCUCAUUGCCGUCAUCUCCUGUUCUGUCCACCAAAGUGCGGCGGAGGCGCAGGGAGGGCUCCCAUAAGAGGGCCUCAUCCGUCAGUCCGGUCAAAGGCAGCAUCGGGUGCCGCCGCCGGCAGGCGCACGCCGACCGCAAAGCCGCUCUGCUGGAGGAGCAGGAGCUUUUGCUUUCAGCGCGGAAGCAAAGGCUGGAGCAGGGCAAGCGCCGCAGCGGCACGCUCUUCUCCUUCUCCCUGCACCUGCCCCACCUGCCAUCCAUCCUGGAUGACGAUGGCUACAUCACCUUUCCAGACCUCUCUGAGAUGAGCUUCCUCCCCGAGUGCGCGCAGAACUUCCUGCCCAUUAAGUCACCGUCACUCAUUCCCUGCUUCCUCUUCAUCUUCUUCUUCCUGCUCUCCACCUCCUUCUCUGUGCCCUACGCUCUCACCCUCUCCUUCCCGCUGGCUCUGUGCCUCUGCUACCUGGAGCCCAAGGCAGCCUCCCUGACCGCCUCCAUAGCCCAGGGCUACCAUGACCAUGACAGUUCAGAGGAAGAGGAGACGGACAGCGAGCGCACUGACUUUGCCUUUGAUGGAGACGUUACUGUGACCGAGUCGGAAGCGGAUGAGGAAUCUGAGACGCAGACUCAGGACACGGAGCCUCUGCCAGAGGUGGUCAAGCACCAGACGAACAUCAGCGAGCUGAAGCGCUCCUUCCUGGAGACCGGCGGCAGCGGCAUGCCAGGCCUAACCGAGUGGGAGAAGAGGCUCUCCUCCUCCCCUCUGCGCUCCCCCAGAUCAGACGAAGCCCCGAUGAUAGAGCCGCUGGAGCCGCAGGACACCAAAGAUGGUCAGCAGUCUGGAGCAGAGAGGAACGAGGAGGCGGGACCUAAAGGCACUGAGUCUACGCCGGGAUGCGUUUCCUCCUCUCAGCAGGUGCCAAGUGGCCAAGAGAAGACAGCGGUUGCCAUGGAAACAGGAGCAGUACCAGACAAGACAACUGGGCCAACGCCUCUGGACAGCGUGGAAGCAGCCUCCAAGGACGUGCCUGUGGUCCACACGGAGACCAAGACUAUCACCUACGAGGCUGCAGAGGUGGACACUAACGGUGAUGCUGACCCCGGGGUGUUGCUAAGCGCUCAGACCAUCACCUCGGAAACCACCAGCACUACAACAACCACACACAUCACAAAGACGGUGAAGGGAGGAAUAUCAGAGACGAGAAUCGAGAAGAGGAUCGUCAUCACAGGAGAUGCAGACAUCGACCAUGAUGAGGCUCUGGCUCAGGCAAUAAAGGAGGCUAAAGAGCAGCAUCCUGAUAUGUCAGUGACCAAAGUAGUGGUACAUAAAGAGACAGAGAUCACACCAGAGGGGGAGGACUGACGCAGGAAUAACAAUGAGGGCUCUUUUCUCCUCAACCUCCAUGAACCCAGCACCCACAGCUCCACAUGUUCUGUCCGGACGCGAGGAGGACCACAGAGGCUCCUACUCUCUGAACGCUGCAGCUCGCUGCUAGUCGCAAACAUCCCCUUCAAACAAACAAAUGCAUUCUGCAUGAGACGGACGCAACGCCGCAUCAGAUUUCCCACACGGUUCUCAACCCCUCUGCACGCCAGAUCCACAGCAAGCCAACUGGUUGCUUUCACUGCCUUAUGACUUUGAUGCUUUUUUAUGAUUAUUGAGAAUAAUUACUGUAGCAGCAAUUUAUUUAUGAAAUAAAGCCAUCGCUCCGGGAUCUUACAGCCGCUCUAGGCUGUACAUGCUAGAGAACAGACACUAUUUAACCUGCUGUAGAAGUACCAACAUCAUUUCCAGAAGCACUCCCUCUAACUGUACGAUGAUUUCCCCUGUAUACCACUGCAGCUCCAUGCUGUACAUACCAGCACCGCCUAGGAAUAUAGCAAAUUAUCUUUCAUGCUUUGUUAUACCUGCUUCAAUUCUGUUUUUUUAUUUCAUUACUUUAUUUUGCUUCAAUUCAAAUCUUUUGCAAAUUGUAUUUUGUUAAAAACUAAGGAGUGGGGGAGUUUUACGUGAAGACCAACAACCGCACAAAUCUUUGUGCGACUGUGAGGCAAAGGGCUCAAACAGCCAAACUCGGCCCGACUCGGAUGCAGAACCCAGAGGGACGUGUGACGCCCUCCUGUCAUGUCAGCUGUGAGCCUCCUGUGUCUGUUCCCUCAUUCCUGAACAGUUUGUGUCCUCUGCUUUAGGUGGAAGAAGAGUGACAAAGCAUUUCUUCUUAAUUUGAAAUUUUCCUCUAAAAUAAUAAAGUGAACACAAUAUCAACGCU